UACGGUGGCUAGCAAGCAACAAAAAAGCGAGAAUCGAUAUUAGAAUCGGUUUCUUUGCCACCAAAGACGUCGGCAAAUAGCCGACAGUGAAUUUGUUAAUUGGUAUCAAUAAUUAAAAUAAGUAAGACUCACUCUCUCUCGCAUAACUAAACGCAAAAUGUCCAGACUACCUAAAGCCAAACUACCGGACACUACUUCCACCGAGUUGGAUGAUGUAGAAGACGGAAACGGAGAAGAUGAGCUAUUGGUACUGAAAGACGUCACCGUUAAGUUCCGCGUGCUUAAAUCUCAAAUAGUAACCCAUGCAUAUCCGAACAUUUACACUAUCGAAGAGGUCAAAAAGACAUAUCUCAAAAAUUUCAAAUUCCAACGAAAUUUUUGGUACUGAGAGAAAACAGCAGUGAGAAACCUUUGGGCGACAAUUUGAGGUUAUUUGACGUCUGCGACAACGACUACGGCAUCGUAGAUAUGGAUCUUGAGUUGGCCGAAAGUGCGCGGGAGGAAAAUAUCCGCCUGGAACCGCAAGUCUACUACAACAAUUUUAGUCUACCGGAUAUAAUUACUGUUCGCAUACCAGCAGAUGUUACAGGGGCGGAAGGAAGGGGAAGCCGCGACCUUGUGGUUGAAAUCGAAAAUCAAGCCAUCAUCAAGCCAUUCGUCGGCGGUUAUGUAGAUAAAAUUACAAAAACCGAAUAUCAUGACGCUUUUACUCAAACUGGUCCACCAUUGGAAAGAAUCAAAUUUGACGGUAGGUUCAAGUACUCAAUUCCAACAGAUGUUAAGGUUCUGCCAUGACUAACUUAAAGUGCUACCUAAAACCCAAAA